GGGGUCCCUGGCCGGUUCUGGCGGCGAGGAUCUUCUCCUCAUUUCUCACGGCGAUGCCGACUCCUUCCAGCGAUGCUGUUGGCCGUGGUGUAUAUAAACCUACCGCGAUAUCGAGGGCGCCGUAGCCCUUGAGUCGGACUUGUGGAUUCUCAGGAGGUAUUCGGACAGCGUCUCCUUUGGACAGUCUUAUAUAACGUGAAUAUGUCCUCCAGAGAUUUCUACCUCAUUGGAGAUGACCCUUCCACUGCAAAGGCGGUGCUCGUUGAGCCCAAAUGGAAGAUUGAAGACUUGAAGAGAGCCGUUGGUCUUGUUCUACACGUUGCUCAGCCCUUAGGAAUCACAUUUCAUUCGGGGACGGAUGCCAACGUCCUCGAUACCGUCCAGGGAGUCCUCGACACACAGAACACCAUCGGCCUCCGAAUCGAUGGCCAAGCAGUCCAAGACCCCCAGGGCCCUCGGGGUCUUCCUCUGGUCGGCAGCUACUACGAAAUCUUCCCCGACCACCUGGGGAACCAUUACCGUCUCUUCCGCAGAUAUGGCCCCGUAAUCAAGACGAACAACAUGGGCAAAAUCACAUAUCUCACAGACAGUCCUGAGGUUGCUGCCGUGGCCAUGGCGGAAUCCGUUUACUUUACCAAGAAGAUUACCUCAGAUCAUCCGCUGUUCGGCGUCAAGGAUAACACUGCCAUCUUUGUCGGCGACACAGAGACGGAAAACUGGCGUCUAGCGCACAAGUUUCUGCCUCCGGCCAUGGGGCCCAAGGCUGUGCGCCAUUACGCGCCGUUAAUGCAGCAAUGUGUUCGCAGUGCUUUUGAUAUUUUCGAUACGCUGGAUGAGAAAGGCCAGUCCUGGAACGUGUACCAGUACAUGCUCAAGCUUGCAUCACAGACGAUUGGCAAGUUCGCGCUCGGGACAGAUUUCGGCCAUUUUGCCAGCAUCGAUGCUCCGUUGCACCCAAUCGUCACAAACAUUGCCAACAUGCUGUCCUUGAAUAAGAAAGUUACGUCCCGCGGUGAAUGGUACCGGUAUCUACCCUUUGGCGAUCCGGCAAAACUCAAAGAACUGCGCAGGGCGACUUACAAUAUCCUCCAAGAGUACAUCGACCAGGCAUCGGGAUCGGGAAUUAAAGAUCUGCCACUAAGUGAAGCCGCACUCCAGGCCUCUUGCGUGGUUGAUUAUCUGGUGAAUGGCACCGAUGAGAAGGGAGAGCAUUUCCCCGUUCCUCUCAUCCUCUCCAACAUGAUCAUUGUCACCGGUGCAGGCUUCACAACUACAUCGGCCUUGCUGUCAUGGCUCAUCUAUUGCCUGGUCACGUACGAAGGCACCCAGGACCGCCUGCUACAAGAACUCGUCGACUAUGGCAUCUCAGAAGAGACAGAGUGGGAUCCGGAUUUUGCGCACAGUCUGCCAUACCUCGACAAAUUCGUCAAGGAGACCCAACGACUACACAACGCUUCCUUCCAGCCUGGGCGGACCACCAAGACUGACGUUGUCCUACCCGGAGGUUAUCGUAUGCCACCCCAAAGCGUCAUCGUCCCGGCUUUAUAUGCCAUCCACAUGAACCCUGCUGUCUGGCGGGACCCGUUCAAGUUCGAUCCUGACCGGUGGGACACUGAGGAAGUGAAGAAUCGGCAUCGCUGCGCCUACAUCCCGUUUGCUACGGGGCCUCGCGGGUGCAUUGGAUUCAACUUUGCCUUGCUGGAAGUGAAGAUUUUGCUGUCCGAGUUGGUGUAUCGGUAUGAAUUCUCGCGGGAGGGAUUGGAGGCCAUUGAGUACGAUCCUGAGUUCCAGUUGAUCCGGCCGUUGAAUUUUUACGUCACGGCGAAGAGACGUACACAGUGGCCUCGGCCUUCGGGGAAUUAGAAAAGAAUAUCUACAUUGAGAAUACCUUAGAGCACUGUACAUAUAUAUAGAGCAGGAUGACCCUAAAAUAAGCUUUGCAGAGUUCGGAG